UGCCACCAAAAAUCGCACUGCGACUGCGCAGUUGGCCACUGAGCAUGCGCAGUAGUGUAAAGUGUUGAAUUUUGGUGCGAGAAGCGGGCAAGUUCAAGAUGGAUAAGGUUUGCCUCUAUGGGGUUUAACAAAGGGUCCGGUGAGGUGGACCGUGUUUUCGGUUUUCUCUUGAUGGAAUAUGGAAAAAGCUAACCCGUUUCCUUCGGAAAGAGUGGAUGCACUCGGGAAAAAUCCAGAAAACAUCAAGACUCUACGCUUCGAGCUUUCCCUUACGGAAAGCGACGAGAAAAAGUGCCCGGAGUUUUCGUUUCUGGACCUUGUAAAGGCCGCUACGAUCAAUAAUACCCCGGAGAAAACUCCGUGGGACGAUGAGGGAAAAGAAGACGAAAAACUCAAAGCUUUGGCUAAAAAGUUUGAGGAGAAAUAUGCCCCUAAACCAAAGAAGCGUAGAAAAGAUCGAGUGGAGGAUUUGAUUGAUGUCACUUAUGGCUAUGAUGAGACAGACCCUUUUGUUGAUGAUAGUGAGGCUUAUGAUGAGCUGCUACCAGCUGAUUGGACAACAGAGCAUGGUGGCUUCUACAUCAACCAGGGUACACUGAACUUCAGACCUGUGUCCCCAGGAGGUGAAAGUGAUGAUGAGGACUUUAAGAAAGUGAAGAAGGUUAAGCUUAAAUCUCCCAAGAAAAUUCCAAAAGUGCCUAAAGUCAAGAAAGUCAAGAUCCCAAGUGAAAAGAAGGAAAGGAAGAAAUCGGACAAAGAAAAGAAGCCACGGAAGAGCUCAAGUGGCGAGAAGGAAAAAGAGAAGAAAUCCAAAAAGAAGCAUAGUAUUGGGAAUACUAACAAUUCAAACAAUUCAUCUUCUUCUUCCACUGCAAAAACUUCUCUGACUUUAACAACUGCCUCUUUGAAUUCUUCUACAACACCUAGUUUGAUUUCACAAGGAACAAAUGGUGCAGUGACAAACCAUUUAUCGCCAGAAAAAUUACCAAAUGCUCCACAAGUCAGCAAUCAUGGAGCUGUUAAAACUGAACCAGGCACUUCUACUUUGGUGAAUGGCAACAGCAAUGUUGCAUUGACAGAAAACACAGGAAGUGCACCACCGGAUAAAGGUGUUAGUUCCUCACCUUCUUCGCUGCUUCAAAAUGGAAUCCAGCCAGCAAUUGCCACCUCAGGAGAGGUGACAGAACCAAAUCUUCCACAGUGUUUGCCGACAGAUGUUGAAAGUUGCAUCUUGAAACUAAAGCAAGCAGGGAGUGGCAGUAUGGAAGGGAAAUGCAAGUUUUUCAACUCUGAUGUCAACCUUAUGUUGCUUGAACUUGCCACCAAAUCUGUAACUCUCAGCAGUAAAGUUCGAACGGGAAUUUAUGAAUUUUUAGCUUUCUAUCUGCCAUGUACAAAGGAAACUUUGGUAAAGAGAGCAAAGAACCUUCUGCUUAAUGAUCAGGCUGGGCGAUUGAGGGAGCCAAUGGCUAAACUCAAAGCAGCUGUAGAUCGUGUCAUACCAGAACAAACUAAGAGAUUUGAAGAAGAAGUAAAAAAACAUGUGGAGGAAGAAAGUAAAAAACAAAGCAGUGCCAAACAAGAUGGAGAGAAUUCAGAAGAUCACAAGAAGGAACUUUUCAAAUCUGCUAUGGAGCUAGUUGAAGAUACAGAGAAAAAUGAUGAAAUCACCACCCCUACAGAUCCUAAUGCACCUGCCCAGCCAGAGGACAAAGCAAAGAAGAAUGUUCCAAAGCGCAAAUUUAUUUGGACAGAAGAAUUAAGGACUCUUCUAUGUGAUGUUGUUCAAAUGAAAAUCAAAAUUUUUGAAAUGUCAAAGACUAGAACUCAAUCUGCUGAGGAACAGUUGAAGCUAUUCUUUGAAAAUGAUGUACGGCCACUGUGGCCAAAGGGCUGGAUGACAAGCAGAAUUCUCCUCAAAGAAAGCAAGCAGGCACAUUUCAAGUACACCCAUCCUCCAGCUAAAGCCCCUAAGAAAGCUCCUGGCCCCAAGAAACAAGGAGAAUCUCCAGAUGCUCACCAGAGUGUUAGUCUCCCCGGUCAAACCAGUCAGAAUUCUGGCAGCACUGAUGUUAAGGGCAUGCCAAGUGUUGCUUCCUCAGUAGUGGGCAUUGGAAGUCCUCCUGCAAUCACAUCACCAGCACGUACACCAUCUUUGACUGCAACAACAGCAGCAACAGCUUUGUCAGUUUUGAAGAAUCUUGCACAGUCAGACCGGAUAAUCACUGAUAUGGCAUCCCCUACUUCUGUGUUAUCGGUGCAAAAACCUGUUGUUACUACUGCUAGUGUGACAAAAAUGGAAAGCACUGCUGUGAGCAGAUCAGGACCUGAACAGAAAACCCAAGUUGCACUAGCAGUUGCAGGAUUAAAUCUUCCACAGAAGGAGUCUGCCAUAAAAUUGCCAUCAUCAUCAGACAGCCUUCAGUCAAAGCCUGCUCUCACUCUUUUAGACUUUGCAGAUAUGAUUCAUCCAGAGGGACAAGCAGUUACAACAAAACCUCUCCAACCUCCACAGACAAUACCUCCAAAGCAACAGUCAGGUUCAUUCCUAACCAAAACCCCGGCAUCACCUAAGGAGAAGCCUCGAGAUCAACCCUUAACUCAUUUGCCUAGUUCUGUAGUCACAUCAACAAUUUCAGUCCCAGUUCAGUCUUCCACAAUUUCACCUGCACGCACUCAAAUUGCAAUGUCAUCCCCACCAAAGAUCAUUCGCUCCUCACCUGCUAUUGUUCAGAGUUCCAGUGUAAGUCAGUCAGGAUUAAUAGCAUCAACAGUUGGUGGCCUUGCUGCUCAAGGUUUGCCUAACAACUUUAUUGACCUAGCAUCAUCGCUGAGGCAGCAACAAACCCCAGUCUCCUUGGCCACAUCAAGUCCAACAAUUUUGGAUGCUGUUUCUACAAGAAGACCAGAUCUCAAGAGCUGCCAGGCAGUCCAUCCAGGUUUUAACCCAGGUCUGUCAACUCAACCCAUCGCAACCAUUCCUUCACAAGUGCUCCUUCAACCUCAGCCUCCCAACCUCACCUUGUUCAAUGCUGCAGCUGCCAAUCUCCAAGGCAAGGGCACCACACCUCUAACCCACAUUGGAUUUGUGACACCCAAUCUGCAGUCAGCCAUGCUAAACCACUUGUCUCGACAGUCGCAGGAACAAUCUGGCCUGUCUCUGCAACCGAAUCACUUCAAUCAAGUUCUUUUGGGGAUGACCCCAACAACCAAUCAGAACUUGCCUGCUUUACAGCUUUCCCAUGGUACCUUGGUACCCAAUCAGCCCAUCUAUCAAGAUCCAAAUCAAUCUUCCUCAAGUGGAACUCACUCAUCACCAUUCAUGCCUCGCUUCAGCUAAUUUUGUAAUAUUAACAGAUGCACAGAAUUCCUUGUACAGAUUUUUCACAUUUCUACCUAUUUUAUACAUGAAUGCAAUGGCAUUGUGGCUAUCAUAGAUAAAAAGGGACUUUUUCCAGAAAUAUAAGUAUAUUGUAAUAAUGACAAUAUUUGUGUCAUUAAUGGUUGAGUAGGAUUAAUAGGUUUGCAUUUAUUACAACUGCCAAAUUCCUAUCUGAUUCAUUUCCUAUCUUUCCUAAAGCAUCUGUACAUGUAACCAAGCUAGUUUAUUGCGAGAUUGGCUAAAAUAAUUACUUAAAGCAAAAUAAUGUCUUCAUAUUUAAUACUUUUUUUGCCAAUGCAUCACGCGAUGUUAAAUUUUACUGUUAGGCAGAUUUGUAAAUGGAUAAUGAGAUAGUUUUCACUUUUCCUCCAUAUUGUUGUACAUUAAAAACACCCCAAUGGCAAAUGUAGCAUAAUUGUGCAGAAAAAAAUGCAAGGAAUAGCUUAAACUAUCACCUGAAAUUGAGGGUUACCGUUGUCAUUCAUGAAAUAAUAUGCAUUUAGACAUACAGCACACGUUCAUGAAGCAAUUCAGUAUCAGGUUGAAGCCAGCCAUAAAAGCGUAGAAGUCAUAGUAAAUAUAAUCAUUAUCUUAGAUAGUUAUUGAAUAUGCUUCAAUAUAAUGUUGAUCAAUGAAAGAAAUAGUUGGUACAAUUUGAACACACUUGCAGCAUGACUCUUAGACUGUGGCACUUGAGGUUUUGUUUAAGAAAAAAAAUUAUUUCUCUAAUAUGCUACCUGAAGCAAGAAAACAUUUGUGGGAGUUCUAUUCUGUGGGUGGGCAAGUUUUAUCUUUAUUAGGGAAAAAUUUGUAGUUUUAGGUGACUGAAACUUCUGCCAGAAGGUAAUUUUUGUGAUUUUCUGUUAAGAAGCAGACAUCAAAAUAUCAAAUAAGAAGGGAAGAACAUUGUCAAACUUUAUUUCAUGGUAAGACAUUUCAUUUUGCACUCAAAGUUUUCUUGCUACAUUGUAUAAACUUCUCAGAUUCUAUUUUUUCUUUAGACCAUAAUUAAGUUUACUGGAAAUAGUGUUAUACACUAUUUGGAUCUACUCAAAAUCAGACACUUAUUGAUCAUCCGAUGUGAAGGUACCAUCUUUGCUCCUUGGUAUCAAUAUUGAAAAUAACUUAUUUUUCCAAACAUUUAUUAAAAAUUCACUAUGGGGAUAAACA